AUCAAGGCCUAUUAUGCACUCUGUAUAUUAAUGGGUCAAGUAAAGAAAUCAAAUAUUCAACUUUAUUGGACUAGAAGAGGUGUAUUAGAAACGCCAAUAUUUAGGCAAACGAUGCCUUUUAAAAGAUUUCGACAAAUUUCGAGAUUUUUACAUUUCUCCGAUAAUGAAACUGAUAAUAGUAAAGACCGACUUCGCAAGAUAAGACCUGUAAUUAAUUUUUGGAAUCAAAAAUUUAAAGAAAUUUACACACCGAGUGAAUAUGUUAGCAUAGAUGAAUCCCUUAUGAAAUAUAAGGGGCGUUUAGCGUACAAACAGUUCAAUCCGUCAAAAAGAGCUCGGUUCGGAAUAAAAAUUUACAAAUUGUGCGAGGCAAGUACCGGUUUCUGUCAUCAAUUUAAAAUAUAUACCGGCCAGGACAAAAUUGAUCGAAACGAUAGUGCGUCGGAGAACGUUACGAUAGAGUUGUCAAAGUCUAUAAUUAACAAAGGAUAUACUUUAUUCCUGGAUAACUGGUACUCUUCACCCAACCUGUUUCUAAAAUUACACCAGCGAAAGACAAACGUUAUCGGGACCGUACGCAAGAACAGAAAAAAUAUGCCACAGGACUUGCAAAAGCAUAUUUUGAAGAAAGGAGAAUUUAUGUGGAGAUCUUGCAAUAAUUUGAUAGCUCUGCGAUGGAAGGACAAGCGCGACGUUUAUAUGCUCUCCACAAAACACAAAACUAUAGAGAUGGUCGAGGAAUCAAACAAACAAUUACAGAAAGUAAUGAAGCCAAAAUGUAUUGUAGAAUAUAAUAAGGGUAUGGGUGGAGUUGAUCGUCAAGAUCAGGCGUUAGCAUGUUUCCCAAUAAUGAGAAAAGCCAUGAAAGGAUACCGAAAGCUGUUCUUCUACAUAUCAGAUAUGGCUCUGUUUAAUACCUAUAUUAUGCAGAAAACAAUUUACAGUCGAAAACGGGAGACUUAUGUUGAUUACCGUGUAAAUAUAGCCGAGGCAAUUUUACAAAUUGUUAAAUUACCGGACUACAAAAUGCGUGGGAAAUCAUCAGUUGAAACACCCCUUCGACUCCAAGCUCGAUAUUGGGCUCAUUUCCCCAAAAAUAUAGAUCCGACACCUCGGAAUAAGCAUCCAACAAGGAUGUGUAAAGUCUGCUAUAAACAGAAAAUUCGAAGCGCAACGAAGUGGGAAUGCGCGAAAUGUAAAGUGGCUUUACAUCUGCCAAAAUGUUUUGAGAAGUAUCAUACCAUGGAGGAUUUCUAG